AUGAAACAAACAGCUGUACAGCUGAACUGGACCUUCACCCACAUCAGCAGCUACGGUAGAGACAUCUACCAUUACGUAGGGCAGGACAUUGCUAUUUCUGAAUCCAUAGACUCCUUCGGAGCAGUGAUGUGGCCAGCUGCUUUGGCUUUGUGCUACUUCCUGGACAACAACAGACACUUGGUGAACCUGCAGGGGAGGAAGGUCCUCGAGCUCGGAGCAGGAACAGGACUGGUGACCAUCGUGGCCAGUCUGCUGGGAGCUUCAGUCACAGCUACUGACUUACCAGAUGUGCUGAGUAACCUCCGGGCCAAUGUGAUGAGGAACACUAAGGGCUGCAGACACACUCCCCAGGUGGCAGCUCUGUCGUGGGGCUACGACCUGGAGGACAGCUACCCUUCAUCUGUCUGCCGGUACGACUACGUGCUGGCUGCUGAUGUGGUCUACCAUCACGACUUCCUGGACGAGCUCCUGGCCACCAUGAAGCAUUUCUGCAGACCAGGAACGACUAUUAUCUGGGCCAACCUGGUCAGGUUUGUGACUGAUCUGACUUUCACUGAGAACUUUAAAAAGGCCUUCAACACGAGUGUACUGGCUGAAGAUGGAGAGAUGAAGAUCUUUAUGGCAACCUACAGAAAGUACGAGAGAGGACAUGUUUGAAGCAGUUUAAAUCUGACAGUAGACUAGCUGUGUAGAUGUUCUUUUUACAUUUUGUGUAGGACAGCAUUCUGUGAAAUAUCAGAGGAAUAUCAGUUUGGAUCUGCUCAGGCUUUAGUAUUCAUGUGCAGGUUACGAGUUUUCACCCAUUAGAUG